UUUACUUGUUUUACUGAUUCUUUCAACUUUCUUUCAUUAAUUUACUGGAAAACUCAUGUUAAAUCCUUGUUAAGCGUACUGAUUCUAAUUACAUAUCUAUCUUGUCUGUGCUUUUUUCUUUUGUUUUCGUUUAGGGUUUUUGUAGUUCUGAUUCUAAUUUGGUGGGUCAGUUUCAGAUUUGCAAAUUGCCCCGUAAAAGGGGCUUGAAGACUGUGUUUAUUAGAGGAGGGUCUGCUGGUUCUGCCCAACGACCACCUCUACUAGCCACCUACAAUUUGUUGUCACCGAAUUUAUUAUAUUGUUCAUGCAUUUGGUUUUUUCUCUGAUGAUACUACGCUCAAAGACAAAUUGGAGAAACGUCGCUUAAUGAAAUGAGCUCGAGAUCCCACCAUAUUAUUAGAUUGACUAUUGAAAGCUGUUCUCGUGACUUUUUAGGAACGGACAAUGCAAGCACUCUUACAGCUGCUGUGAAUUUCGUCGAUUUGGCUGGAAGUGAACGAGCAUCUCAAUCGUUAUCAGCUGGCACAAGGUUAAAAGAAGGCUGUCAUAUUAACCGUAGUUUGCUUACACUUGGAACUAUUAUUCGUAAGCUGAGGUCUAAGAACCGCACAACUUAUCCAGAAUUUGAGAUUUCAAUAGAUGAGCAUGGUGCUAUUAUCUUGCUUGGGCUAAAAUAUCAAAUUGUUGUUUCCAAAGUCAUCAUCAUGUGAUGGGAUUUUUGCAAUAACUUAAUAUUCUCUUUUGCAA